UGCAGUGCUGGUGAUUUGUGAGGGUCGUGUAGUUGUGUGCGGUGUUCUCCAUUGUUCACUGUGGACAGAACGAUUCACGCCAGGCGGCGUGGACAGAGUGCUGCCGGCGCAAUGCCGGACAGUGUGCGGUACAACAUCAAGUACUUGGUAUCCAAUCUAGAUGUGUCACUGAUCUUGGAAGACCUGCUGGAGAAUGAUGUCCUCGGCGAAGAGGAAUACGUUACUGCCUCAGGCAAGGAAAACGAGAAGUGGGAUCUUUCCAAGUAUGUGGUGAGGCUGAUGCUAACGAAAACGGACGAACAGGUGGGUACAUUCCUGAAUUUGAUUCAACACAGCCAGCCUCAUGUAGCGGAGCAUAUUGCCAAUACCAUGGCGAAGCGACGCGGUGCAACUGCCAGUGAGAAAGCUGACCAUCCGACGAAGCCAAUGUCGGCAGAUCGUAUCACCAUGACAACAGUUGGCAAACAGAAAACACAGCCAUCACAGCACACAGUGGGGGAUGGUCAGGCAGACCAACAAUGGACGUCCAACAGAUGUGAACCAAUCUUCAAACAACCAACAUCAGCUGAAACAACCGCCAAUGCAACUAGAACGGGUACAACAUCCAAUGCAACAUUGACUGCAACACAGGGUUCAACAAGAUCAACAACUUCAAGCCAGUCUUCUCUACCGGACAAAGACCGACACUUCACUGGCAGGAAUGACAUUGUAACAGAGAUCAGCGCCAACAUUCUCACAACAAAGUCCAAAUCAUCAUCUACACGAGUGCAGAGUCUUAUGGCACCAGCUGGUUUUGGUAAGACGUCCGUAGCCAUUGCUGUGGGACAUGUAUGUCGCAAUGCUGGUUGUCGUGUGGAGUUCUUUGACUUACGCGGUGUAGCUGGUGUUGACGCUGUCCAGGCAAUGAUUCAAAACCGACUCGAAACAAAUCCUGUUUCAGCUGAAACUACUGGCAAGACAACGAAAUCAACUGAUGGCAUGGAUGAUGAUGGUAGCAAACAACAAAUGUUAGUUAUUCUGGAUAAUGCUGAGGAUGCUAUCCACGCUGGUGCUGAUAAAGAUUUCCAGCUACAAGAUGUUGUGGAACGACUACUUCGACCACAACACAACGUUCAUGUCCUACUGACAAGCCGUGUUUACUUUGACCUACACGCUGCCCAGUUUAAACUACAACAACACCGUCUUGAUGGUCUGACAACGGUUUGUGCUGUUGGUCUGCUCCAUGGUCUAUGUGUUGAAGGUAGUGUGAGCAUUGAAGAUGCACAGAGGUUAGUGGAUCGUUGUGGAAAUGUUCCACUUGCUGUACGCAUUACAGCUGGUCUUCUACAAGGUGGUCGAUUAACUCCAAUCAUGUUGUUGUCGUUAUUCCAAGACCUUGGUCUCGAUGUGUUCAACAAUGAUGGUCUGAAACCAAAUCAUCGAAUCCUGAAGCUGUUGGCAUUAGCAUACAACACAUUACAACAUGAUGACAAGGAAUCAUUCCAUGCUCUCUCUCAACUGCGCUCCUCAUUCUCAUCUAAAUGUGCUUGUGUGAUGGUGGGAUUGGCUGACACUAAGGCCAAUGUGGUUCAUCUUGUACGGUUUGAUCCUUUGAUCAAGAUUUGUUUCCUGGAUUACAAUCCGUAUCUGGACCGCUACUCACUUCAACCAUUCAUCGCCGAGUUUGGUCAUUACCAAUGCCCUGAAGACAAGCGACAUGUGUACCAACGGCGAAUGUGCAAGCAUUUCCUUGGCUUUGUGAAGGAAGCUGAUGACUCUAGAGGUUGUGGUGCAGACAAAGCAGUGUAUUGGAGUUCCCAAUUGCUUCAGGAAAAAGUGAAUAUUCAGAUGGCGUUGUCUGUUGUUGAUGUUUUGUCUGGUGAUGACUUGCUUCCUUUCUCUGGAUUAACAAAGUCAUCGGGUAUCCUACUUGCCUUGUUUGGGAGAGCAAUGUUUGUUCGAGAGUUUGUGGACAGGAUACAAAGAUUGGACAAAGCACCGCUAUCUGUACAAGCUGACAGCAUUUGCACCUCGGUCCUGUGUUGUAUUUGCCGUCAAAGCAUUGCAGAUUCUGAUGUCACUUUUGAGAGUUUGGAUCCAGAACCCAAAUGCUCCUGGAGAAAUCUGAACAAGAACCGACAGGAGUGGGGUCACCGCUGAAGCUACCUUUGAUGCAACUUGCUCUGGAGUCAUGCAGGCUAUCCAUGUCUCUGGACAUCAACUGCAGGGAAGGACAGGUUGAGCCCAGCCAGGAAACACUAUCCCGUCUUCAGGUGGUGUACCAGCGUGUUACAACAACACUGGGAAUGGGCCUUGCAACAGGUGUCACUGAAUGUGCCCUGAAACUCAUUCAACUGUAUUGUUCCACUCUGCUAAACAAGGAUAUACCCAAUGUACAGGUGGUAGAAGACCUUGCUGAGAGAGUGAUGUCAUCAUACUACCUAUCACAGGAUGGUGCAGUCCCUUCAUGUAGUGGAAUGUACGGUUUUCUGCUACAGUGCAUUGCUGUGAUCCUGGGCAAGGCCAUGUCAAGUUCCUGUAGCAGUGAGUGGAUUAUUUCACCAUCAUUGGUUACAACACUGGGUAUACCACGGUGCAAGUGGAAACAUGUACCAAAUGCUAUCAGGCGCUCGAUCAAUACCCAUGACGACCACACUACUGUGUCUGCUCUUCAGUUACAACGGUACCUGCACUCCAUGGAUGAUGACACAGUAACCACACUACUGGACAUGUACUUGAGUGUUAUGUACAACGACCAGCACAUAUCCUUGGUAGUAAAUGGAAGGGCACACACAACUCCAUUGGGUCUCACUCUACCAGCACAGCAUCCCUACAACAUUGUGAUGGACUAUGUCAGGAGAUGGUGGCAUGGCUCAAAUCCAGCAGAUCACACAACAGCACUGAUUAACAACUGUAGCCAGAACAAGGUACCUGAUGUGGAAGUGAUGCAGUCUUGUAUACUGACGGCUAGAAAACUUUUCAAUUUGGAGAAUACUCUCUUCGCGACUGAUGUUUGUUUCACACUCUUCCCAGUGUUGAAGUCACUUGUUAAGGAUCUCAGUGCUUGCCUGCCAAGCAAGUGUGCAACUGGUCUGUCAGUGCCUGGAAUUGUGUACUUACCACCACAAGCUGAAGACGGUUCUCUACUAGACUACUCUCUCAUUGCUGCCCUGCGUCGUCAAUCCAAGAGAGGCCAAGUGAGCAUUUAUCACCACAUUGCACUACUGGAAUGGUGUCCACGUGUAGCAGCAUGUUUUGUCUGCUAUGACCUGGACAACAUCACAGCAUGUCCUCGUUGUGGCAUGGCUUACCUGUGUGGCAAACAUCGUCAAACUGAUGAACACCUAAGUGAACACAACCAACACUGUGCUAUGCUGGCAGCACUCAGACAUCG